AUGAGGUGGAUCUUUGAGAACUGGACUCUGGACAAUAUAGGGGAUCCUCAUGCAACCAAGAAGCUGUUGGAUGAUGAGGAGUUAAAAGGGGGGAAUGUCCGAGGUACCUCCUCUAUGUUUGAGAAUAUUGACAGCGCCCAACACAUGUCUGCUAAAAGACAGACUUCUGUCAGAGGGGAUGUGAGAACAUCAAAAUGGCUGUUUGAGACCCAGCCCUUAGAUUCUCUAAAUAAAUCAAAUGGAGAUGAAGGUGAACUAGUGGAAGCAGUUCUGAAGGAACCCAUCCAGCCAGGAGAUGUGACUGGAGCUCGGCUUCUUUUUGAGUCCAAACCAUUGAGUGACUUUGGACGCUGCGACUCCAUAGAUGACCACAGCUUCCUCAAACUGAGAUCGGAGCUGGAGGAGCAAAAAGGUGAUGUGCAGAAGACCUUAAAACUCUUCCAGGCAGACCCAUGCUGUGCCAUCCGAGACAACAGUGGCAAGAUCCAUGCGAUUAAAUCCAUCUGCAGGGAGGAGAUCAACACCAGUGACAUCAGCACUGCCCGUUGGCUUUUUGAAACCCAGCCUUUGGAUCUGAUUAAUAGGGGAACUGAUGGGGUCAAAAUAAUUCGGGGUAUAUCCCUGGAAGAGGGACACAGAGGAGGAGUUGACCAAAAGAGGUGGAUGUUUGAAACCCAGUCACUUGACAGAAUACAAGAGGUCUUCGGCGAGGACAAAUUUGAAGGAACGGUAGCUAACUGCGCUGGAGAGGCCGAUGUCGUGAACAAGAAGAAGCUCUUUGAGAUGCAACCAUUGGCCGCACUAAAGGGAGAUUCCGCAGAUAAAUCCUUGGAAAAGGAAGAAAUUAUUGCGGGCGAUGUCAAGACUUCUUUGUGGCUGUUCGAAACUCAACCCAUGGAGAGCCUUAAUGAUAGCUAUGAAGUUGGGCGUUUGAAGAAAGUUACCCUUUCAUCUGAUGAACAAGGAGAAGUAAAAGGCAAAAAACAAAUAUUUGAGAGCUGCACUAUUCAAAAGAACCCCUCAUUCAAAGAACAAGAGUUUGAAAAGGGGGAUGUUAAAGGGUUCAAACAUCUUUUUGAAACACUUCCACUGAGCAAAAUCUGUCAGUCUGAUGAAGAGCUUACUAAGGGGGAAGAAAUGACUGCAGCGGUUGACGUGAAAGGUACCAAAGCAAUGUUCGAGAUAACUCCUUUAUAUGCAAUAAAGGACAGCUCUGGAAAUCUCCACACGGUCACAACAGUCAGCCGAGAAGAAUUAAUCAAAGGAAAGGUCCAAAACUAUAAGUGGAUGUUUGAGACAAAACCUUUGGACGAGCUUGCAGAAAGAAAAGCAAAUGUUGAGGUGAUCAAAGGCAUCACCAGACAAGAGGAUACAAUGGGCGAUGUCAAGAUGGCAAAGUGGCUUUUUGAAACCCAGACAAUAGAUGGGAUCCACUCCAAGUUCAACCAGACAGAGCAGGAUGCUUCAGCGGAGCAUCGUAAAGGUGAUGUCAACAACUGUAAAUGGUUAUUUGAAACACAACCAACAAACAUUGUGGAUGAACAAUCAGAAAAAACUAAUGAUAAAGAAGCCACUGACAAUACCAAUGUCAAGUCCAUCACCUGGCUUUUCGAAUCACAGCCUCUGGACAGCAUCAAAGAUGGUGAAGAGUAUAAUCUGAAGUUAUGCAGCACCAUACAGGAUUCUGUCAAAUCGGAGGUUGGUGUUGAAACAGUGAAACAUGUUUUUGAAACUGAAACCUUGAAUAGAAUAAGAGAGGAUGCAAACCCGGAACACGAUGUGAGAAGUGUCAGCCAGGUCAACUUUCAAUCUGGAGACGUCUCUCGAGUCAAAGAACUUUUUGAAUCCCACUCCCUGGAUGAAAUAGGAUCUGAAAUGAGGAAACCUGAUCAACAGAACCAAGACGAAGAACUUGUAAAAGGUGCCGUACAUAAAUGUACUUGGAUGUUUGAGAACUGUCCCAUGAACCAGAUGAAUAAGGACAAUGAGGGUGUAAACAUUCAGCGAAUCAGUAGUGAAGAAGUUGGCGAUGUACAGAACAAAAAGUUUGUAUUUGAAACCUCCUCACUGGACAACAUCCAGGCCAGGCCCCUUGAGCAGACCUCAGACCCGGUGGAGCAGCUGGUCAGCAAUGUUGACGUAAAGUCGAGCACAAUGAUGUUUGAGUCCCUGCCCCUGUAUGCCAUCAGAGAUAAAGAGGGGCAGUUUCAUGAAGUUACAACUGUGAAAAAAGAGGAGGUGAUGAGUGGUGACGUAAGAGGAGCCAGGUGGAUGUUUGAGACCAAACCCCUUGACGCCAUCAAGGCAGACAAGGAAGUUUACGUCAUCCGAGCUGUAACCCAGGAAGAUGUCAAGAAAGGAGAUGUAAAAUCAGCUAGGUGGAAGUUUGAGACACAACCGUUGGAUUUCCUUACUAGCCGAGAUGAGCCCUCAGUCAGGGUCAUUGAAGACUUGGGAAGCAGAAAUGUGCAACUCAAUAAACAGAUAUUUGAAUCUGAGCAGUCUUGCCAGAAAUUCAUGCGAAUGGUUAGUGUCACUGAUGUCCAGCAUGGCGAUGUCAGGACCUCCACCUGGCUUUUUGAGAAUCAAACCAUUGACAGUCUGAAAGGGGAACCUCAGGAGCAAGGUCUGGUGAAAACGGUCCACAGGGAAGACAGCCAGAAAGGUGAUGUGAAACGCUGCACUUGGCUGUUUGAAUCCCAGUCACUGGACAAAAUCAAGGAGCCCGAGGAUGCCGCCGUGCAAAGUUCUGAGGAGAAAAUAUCAACAGCUGAUGUGAAAUGCACUACCUGGCUCUUUGAAACCACUCCGCUAGACAAAAUCACUGCCAACAGUGUGGCUGACACGCUGUUCUAUCUAUACCAAAUGACUUAUGUUCACUCGAGCGGCAUCAUUAUAGAAGCAAAUGAGAGUAGAAAGGUCACGAUGGUAAAAUAUCUGCUGGAAAGCAAUGAAGGUGUUCAAAUCCAGAAAGAAGAGGUUGUUGGUGGUAACAUCAGGAAUAUUGUGUUACAACUCUUAAUCAAACCAACCUUAAAGCCCCAAGUUAGUCUUCUUAAGGAAGUUGAGAAGGGAAAAGUGAAUACCACAGUGGUAGAACUUCCUGUCUACGAGUCAGACUCAACUAUCAACUUGGAGAGGGAUCAAAGAAUACAAAACAUUGUGCAGAAGAUCGAUGAAUUGCUUGUCCAAGAUACAGAUUUUACAAAAGGAAUCAUAAUGCAGGAGACUGUAGGGGGGCAGGCAGAGAUGUCAGUAUAUUCACUCAUCGGCAAUUCUGAAACCAAAACGAAAGGUCCGGUUGUAGAGAGGGGAGACAUUAAGUCUACGAUCGGAAAUCUGUUAUCAAGUGCCAGUAGUCAGAGGACUGUCAUGUCGUGUAGGGUGGAUGAAAACGAAAAGGGAAAUGUGAAUCUGUACAAAAGCUGCAUUGAGAAAGGAGACUUGGACUACCUGAAAAGUCUUCAUACGGACGCAACAGCCGACGAGGUCGAUCACGGCCAUCUGCCUGAGGAGUACAUUGAAAUAGUUCAUGGCGAUGUGAAGGAAGCAAAGAGAAGUCUAUGUUCGCAAAAAGAGCAGGUAGAGCGAACCAUUUCUGAUGUUUUGCCAGGAGAUGUAAAGAACACCAAAAAAGUGUUUUCAUCGGAGUUCUCUCUCUGUGUUGAGAACUGCCCUCACAAGGAAGAAAUAAUCCCAGGGGAUAUUUUAUCGGCAAAGCAACAACUUGCUGUUCUUCCACCCGUCGUGGUGGAAAAAGAGGAAAUUGUGGCGGGUGAUGUCAAAGCAACAAUGGAGUCAUUAGAACGCGCAAAGCAACAGAGCAUGUGUGUGGAGCGGGAGAUUGUCAAACCUGGGACUAUCUACGACAUGAACUUGUCGGGCCCCGACAUAGAAGGAGCUGAGGCACAAAAAGAGGUCAUCAUUUCUGGAGAUGUGAGGGCAGCCAAAAUGUCCCUGGAAAUGGCUAAGCAGCAAAGCUUGUUUGUGGAGCGCGAGGUCGUUGUUCCUGGAAAAAUAUACAAUUUGAAUGUCACGGCACAAGAGGAAAGCUCCUCCGAAGUGAUGCAAUCGACACGUUCGUCUUCUUCCAGAUGCCAGCAAAUCAAGACUUAUCCAAAGGUCAGUGAUGCCGAGAACAAUCAGGGAAGCCAUGUUUCCCUUGAGGCUUGUCGACAAAGUGCAGUUAUAGUCAGUAAUUGUGUACCAGAAUCACUGCCACGUGUUGGUAGCUGUGAGUGUAAAGGUCAGACAACAGAAGAUGAGACAGAAGAAGUUAUCAGAGGAGAUGUGAAGGCAUCUAUAAGGUCUCUGCAGAGUGCAGCAACAGAGCCAAAGCUCCUAGAUAAAGAAGAUAUUGUAAGAGGUAAUGUCCAAUUGGCUUUGCAAUCUCUUGAGAAGUCCAGUGUAAAUGUAUCCAAAGGAGACUAUAAAGCUGCAAUGAUAUACAGGAAUUCAGGGAAGGCUUGUUCAGGGAGGAACAAGACUGUUCAGAAGCAGUGUGUUGUAAUCUCUAUGCCUCCGUCUGACACAGUGUUGUCUCCUUCAAUUUCAGUAACCUGUGAAGGACAACCCUCCAUUACAACACAGAAUUCAACCCCCAACCCCGUAGCAAAUGGAAUUUCUAAAUCAUCCAGCUCUGCAAGUGUCACUCCACCUCCACUGCCACAAAAGAAAAUUCAGAAACCUCAGGAGCUGAAGCCAGCUUUACCUCCAAAGCCACAAUGGACAAAGUCUGUAAUUGUAGAGGAGCCAAAUAUUUCGGCUGCUCCCGAAGUCACUUGCCACACUAAAGACAACAUGAAAAGUGCAACGAUUCAUCCCAAACAAAGUAAACCAUUUUCUAUGCCGUUUCCAGAUAAACUAGAAAGAACAAUGUCACAUGGCAAAAUCUAUAAAGAGGCCGGACAGAAAACAUCCCAGCAAAAUUGUAUUGAAGCUUCGCAAGACUUCAAUCAAACAAAUGAAUGCGUGUCAACGGACUUAAAGGCUCAGGAAACACAUACAGGGAACAAAUCAGAGUGCAGAGUGAUGAUGUCGAACAGCCCUGUAGAAAUGACCAGAAAUGUAAUACAGAGAAUCAAUGCAGCUGAUGAGAUACAAAUGUGCAUGGCAAAUUAUGCAGAAGAUGGUAAAUAUGAAAAGAACAUGAGCUUGCAGGCCACUCUACAGAACUUUGAAAGAAAGGAAAGUGCCACUCGAGACAAAAGAGCACCUUGGUUGUCCAAGAAAGUAAAAGUGGUAAACCCCGAUGCAAGUGACCAUAAAGAAAUCAACCAAACCACUGCUCACCAACACAAACCCCCUCCCGAGGAAGAAAUCAACUCUGCUGACACGAUGCAAAUAUCUAAAACCAAGAGAUGCCAUGAACAGCAGAAUGAAGAAAAGCAACCAAUACGCGAGGAUAGAGUCGUUUUAAGAAAUAAAAAGUUUAGGGAAACAGACGAUGAAAGACGACAAAGGCUUUCUGUCCACAAGGAGGAGAUCAUGAAGGGAAAUGUGACAGCAGCGAUGGAAAUCUUUGAAAAUCUGAGGAAACGAGAGGAACUCCAAGGAAUCCUUUCUCAAGUGCAAGACAUAGAAGGAGAUGACAGCAGUGUAGAUGUUAGCUCCUUCAAGACGUUAUAUGAUACUGUCCCUGCUUGGAUGGUCACACCAAGUGUAAAUGCAAAGAGAAGUCAAACGGAGGAAAUGAGAGUUGUCGAGACACAGGACGAUGAUCUAGAAAGCGUCUCGUCGGUUGAAACUGCAUUUGAGGAUCUGGAAAAGGCAAGCAAGGAAAUAAUGAAUCUGAAGGAACAGACAUUAGCAAAACUUCUUGACAUUGAAGAGGCCAUUAAAAAGGCUUUGUACUCCGUAUCCAACCUGAAAUCUGAGGCUGACAUCGUAGGGUUGUCAGGACUGUUUGAUGAAUCUUUAAAAUCUGAGCAAAACCUCCAACCCGCCCACAAUAUCAGGAAAAUAAGUAUUGUGUCAAGCAAGGCCAAGUCGGGUCAAACCAAAGAAGCAGUUUUGGAUUCUAGUCCUUCUAAACAAGAAGCGCAUCGAGAAGCCCACAACAAGCCACUCGUCAGACAGUCCUCUUCCCAGUCGUCUCCAUCAUUCAUUUCCAUUCACUCAGCUGCCAGAAAGUCGGUUGAGCAACCCAAGUUGCCCAUGUCAACAUUUAAACCAGAAACAACAAACAGUCAUUCAAAAAAUGAUGCAAACGUUGAUCUCAGACAGAAGUCUGCUGCUAAUGAAGCGUCCAAGCAAGGUCAACCUCCUGCCCAACGCAAUGUUAGUGUGAUCGAAGUGAAAACGGCUCCAGAGCCACCUGCCGGAAUAGUUGGCACAAAAACUGUCAGUGAAACAUACGAAGAGACGGAUGGCUUUGGCAAUGUAUUUGUUUCAUCUAUGACUUCCACAGUUGUCACCAAACAGUCUGACAGUAAGUCAUCAGCAUUGUUUGAGGUGGUUGGUAAUCCAGCCAGAUACAAAGUCAUGACGUCGCCAUUGAUUCGAAGGUCUGGCCGCGCUGAAGAUAGAGUCUUGAACCAUACGAAUGAGGAAGGGACGGUGUUUGUAACAUUUAGCCAACCAAAGGAAAAGCACUGAAUGAGACAUGCAGUGUGUUCACCUGACCUUCAGGAAAGCAGUUAUUUCAUUUGUGUAUUUAUUACAAUUCCUUCAGAAAGUUUUGUUGGUCAUAGAAUGGAUCUUAUUUGAGUACUAAUUUGUUGCAUUUUAAUAAGAAAAGAAUUGUCUCAUUUUAUACUAUAACCACAUGCAAACCUGAUAAGUUCUUUUAAUAAACAUAUGCAGUUUAUACUUAAUGUUCUGUUGUGUGAAUUGUCAAAUAAACGGUUUAAAAGAUUAAAA